AUGGCGGCGAUGACCAAAGACGUGAUUGUGGCCUCGUGCAAGGCCAAUGGCGGCUACGCCGCGCCCUGCCUCAACGACCAGCUCUUUCUUCACUGCUGCGGCUUCACCAUGAUUCAGAACCUGGAGCCGUACACGGAUGUGAAGGUGCUGUGGCUGGAGCAAAACGCGCUUUCCGAGCUCAGCGGGCUGGAGAGCCAAAAAGGCGCUCUCGUUUCUCUCUUUGUGCAGAACAACUUCAUUAGGUCACUGUCAUCAUUGACGGCGACUCUCCACGGCCUGCGCGUGCUGAACGUGUCGCACAACUACCUGACCUCUCUCCACGGCAUUGCCGCGGGGUGUCCGUCGCUGGAGACGUUGCAGGCGUCCCAUAACCAGCUCACGUCUCUCGAAGUGUGCGAGGAGCUCUGGCUGCUAGCUGGCAGCCUCACGAGUGUCGACUUGUCCUUUAACCGCAUCGAGACCGCCCGCGAACCGGCCGGCAGUGCCACCGCAGCCCCCGGCGCUAAGGCCACCACUACGGCAGUGAGAGAGUCAGGGUGCACGGCAGACGACGAUGUUCGCAUCGUCGACGCUUCGGACACCAACGCCGUCGCACCCGCCGCUGUCCCCAACACGGCGGUUGCGCUUCCCAAGCCGGACCCGCUUGUCAUAGCGCAGUUCUUCCAGCACCUCCCGCUGGUCAGCGUCAUCUAUUUCCAAGGCAACGGACUAUCCCACCGCUUGCGUCACUAUCGACGCAACAUGAUCCUGCACCUACCCGCCCUCACCUACCUCGAUGACCGUCCCAUUUUUUCAGAGGAGCGCCGUGUGAUAGAGGCGUGGGGCCUCGGCGGGGACACGGCCGAGGCGGCCGAGCGCGCCACGAUUCGCGAGGAAAAGCGUGCACAUCUCACCCGGUGCGUGACGUUGCUGACAGAGCAGCGAGAGGAGCAACGGGUGGUGCGGGAUCGUCUAACGCAGCAGUUUGACCAGCGCCGCGCGCAGGAGCUGGAGGAUCUGACGCAGCGGCGCCGCCGCGAUCGCGACAACCGCGCCGCCGUGGAGUCUGAAGAGGCUGUCGCCCGUGAGGUUGUGGAGAAGGCGGAGCAAGAUGCUCGCUGGGACGCCGAGGAGCUCUUCCAGGAGGCUCACAGAGCUCUCUUGGUGACCGAGACGGAGCGCCGCCACGCCUACGAACAGCACGUGGCUGUGACAGAGGCUGUUCAGGCCGCGGCACAGGAGGCGGUGGCAGAGCGCAAAGCGGAAAAUGGUUCUGACCGCGUCGACGACGAUGGCGACACCGCCAGUGCCGCCGCGACUGCUACCCUGAAGGUGCUUGAGGACGCGGCAACGUGCUCACCCGACGAAUUCUCCUCCCCCUGUCGUGACAGUGAUGCCACCAACACGAUGGCGACGACACUCGAGACGCCUCUGUCCCCACCUUCGAGCGUCCUUGCCGAGCUACUGCGGUUGGAUGACGACGUUCUGAAGGAGAUGGAGAUGGAGAUUGAGCACGUGCUCCAUGACAUCCACUCCAGCGCACUCCCCACCAAACACACUUCGACUGCCCAGGACGCCGGGGCAGAGGAGCUCAAUGACAGUCGCGCCAUGUUCUCCAGCCGCCAGGUCAGUGACCGCACCACGUUGCGGACGGAGAAGAAUGUGCGCGCCGCAGUCGGUCACGUGUCGAGUCAGCUGCGGGCACAGCGGAAUCAGCAGCCGCGUCGAAGCUCCGACGUGCUGCAGGAAGAGACGUGGCAACGUUUUGAGCAAUGGAAAGCGCGCCGGGCCUCUCAGCAGUUAGAUUUGUAA